GAACGGGCAAAAGCAAAGAGGGAAAGGGCAGCAGAGUAAACCCAGAAUGAGAUGACUGCCCGGAAUACCCUCGGCACUGUCACUCGCUUCGCCAUCAACUACAAAUCCUCCUCCUCCUCCGCCGCCGCCGCCGCCCGUGAAUCCGUCGUGGAGACAGCUCUCAAACUCCCCGCUUCCGAAGAUUCGACUGGGCAGCUCUCCGUAUGGUCGAUACUGAACUGUGGCACUGCUUCUGAUCUCCAGGAAACUGAUGAUGCAGAAUCGUUGGAGAAGGAAAGAGACUUACCGUGGUUUCCAAAAGCAUUGCAGCACAGCAAAGUAGUUCCUCGUGAAAGGAAGAGUAGGCAUUGUUUCGGCGACAAGCAGGUUGUUCGUUUUGAUAAAUUAGUCGAUAUGUGUUCCAAAAAUAUAGGGACUGAAGCCACUCUUCACGUGUUUAGUAAAAUAAAGAAAGAAACUGGUGUCAAAGGAUCUAAUGCAUUGAUAAAAAAGUGCAUAGAGGGGGCUAGGAUUGCUACUGAUGAAGUUGAUGCAGAAAAACAUAUGCAGGUGGCUUUCGGAAUUUUUAAGUCAAUGAAGGAACAGGGUUUCCCGCUUGAAGAGGAAACAUAUGGUCCGUUUCUUGAAUAUCUUAUUGACAUGGGUAUGACAAAAGAAUUUUGCUUUUUCUGCGGGGUUAUCAAGAAUGGUAACCCUUCAUCACUUACAAGAUUAGGAUACUAUGAGAUGAUGUUAUGGAUCAGAGUCAAUCAUGAAGAAAAGAUUCGAGAACUCUGUAAUGACAUUGAGAGUUAUGAUGGGGUAAACAAGUCACUUUUACAAGAGAAUUAUUUGUUAGCACUGUGUGAAAGUGACCAGAGAAAGGAGAUUGUGCAGCUGUUUGAAAGUAUGGACAUCACAGAGUUCUCAUCACCGAAUACUGUGGCACGUAUCUUUAAAUGCCUGGGAAGGCUCCUAUUGGAGUCUUUUGCAGAGAAGGUCCUGCUGGAAUUUAAAGCAUGUGAUGGUGCAGCAGGGAAUACUUCAAACUUGAUCUACAGUUAUGUUGUUGGCAUUCUAAAUUUAGCGGUUGAGGAUGUCAUUUCAAAAUUUAGAAACUUGCACACAAAACUUGAGGUGACACCUUCAUCUGUGUCAUAUGAGAAGCUUAUAAUCUACUGUUGCGAUUCACUUCGGGUGCAUGUUGCUCUUGAGUUGGUGGAUGAGAUGUUUGAACUGGGUUUGACAUUUUCUUUGAAGGCAUUGCACUCCAUUUUACAAGCUAGUAGUGAGAACUGUGACUUUAAUCUGGUUCACCAAAUCUAUUCAGUGAUUAAACGAGGCAACCUGAGGCCAAAUUCCGAAACUUUCAGGAGUAUGAUAAAUCUUUGUGUGAAAAUGAAGGAUUAUGUGGGUGCCUAUAGCAUGCUGCAUGAUUUAGAGAAAAUGAAAGUGAAGCCCACAGUUGCCAUGUACAAUGCUAUAAUGGUUGGAUAUUUCAGAGAGAAGAAUAUGUCCCGUGGGCUGCAGGUUCUUAAAGAAAUGAAAGUAGCAAAUAUAAAGCCAGAUUCCCAGACUUUCAGCCAUCUAAUAACCAACUGCAACUCUGAAGAGGACAUUAACAUGUAUUACGAAGAAAUGAAGCAAUCUGGAAUUCAAGCUACCAAGCAUGUUUUCAUGGCACUUAUAAAUGCAUAUGCAGCUUGUGGACAGUUUGAAAAGGCAAAACAGGUACUCUUAGACAAAGGGAUUCCAGGAAAGAGCUUUUAUGAGAUUAGAAGCGUGCUUGUCCAAGCCCUUGCAUCACAUGGGCAAUUGUCUAAUGCAUUUGAUAUAUAUGAAAAGAUCAAGGAAGCUGGAUGCAGUUUGGAGCCGAAAGCUGUUAUAAGUCUUAUCGAGCACCUUCAAUCUGAUGAAGUAGCAUUAAGCAGAUUACUCCCUCUACUUGAGACACUAAAGGAUCCAAACUAUUGGCUCGAUGGCUGCUUAAGAAUUAUCUUAUAUUGUGUUCGCUACAAGCAUUUAAGAACUGCCGUCAAUUUGCUUGAGCAAGUCAGGGAUCAAGUCUGCACUGACGAAUUAGCUCUAGAAGUAAUUUUUGAUAAGAAUCAGAGUCCUCUUUGCAGUUUGGCCUAGAUUUGCUGUAUGCUAUGAAGAGUGAGCUUGGCCUCACCCCUUCACGAAAAUGUCUCGAUUUUCUUCUCCACGCUUGUGUUAGUGCCAAAGAUCUGCAAAGUUCUGU